CAUCCCCCUCCAUCCCCCAUCGUUGAAGAUGCAUUCGGAUGAACUCGUCCCGCCUGAGAUCAAGACCAAGAGGGAGUUCUGGACUCAUGUCGCCACCCAAUUAGAACAUCUGUUGACUGGUCAGCGUAACUGGGUAACCAACACCUCUAGCGCCUCUUCAUUGAUCUAUCAUUCUCUUCAAGCAUUCCCCCGGUACUUUGGGACUGACGAGAACAAAGCAGUCAAUUGGGUUGGAGUCUACGUACAUUCAAAAUAUUUCCCACCUUCAUCUGACGACGGUCCACCGGAAAACCGUCUUCUGCUUGGUCCCUUUUGCGGCAAGCCUGCAUGUAUGUUGAUCAACGCCACCAUUACACCCACCCGCCCAAAUCCUGGUGUUUGUGCUGAUGGUUUUAUACAUGCCAAAAGCCUGCUAGUGCCAGACGUGGAACAGUAUCCGGGCCACAUCGCUUGUUCUGCCCUCACAAAAAGCGAAAUUGUAUGUCCUUUGUUCAACGGAACUACGCCAGUUGGGGUACUGGAUCUCGAUUGCCUCGCAUUGGGAGGGUUUGAUCAGGAAGACCUAUCUGGUCUUGAAAGAUGUGCAACGUUGAUCUCUCAAGCUUGUGACUGGAAAACCCUCUCAACUGAUUAGGAAAACUCUAGUAUGUGCCAUUAAGGUUCAUUCAUACGAACGUAAUGGGUAUACUUUGUCCCCUACGAAUCAAUCAUAAUCAUGAUUCGGUUUCAAUAUUGCCAAUAUUGCCGAGUUCUUUGCCCGUUC